UCCCCACACCCCUCCCUCCUUCCCCGCCGCCAGUUACUGUACAACUAGUGCACACACACACACACACACUCACUCACAGGGUCCCGGCUGCCGCAGCUGCCAUGGAUAUCAGCUAAAAACACCCAGACAGACAGACUGACAGUCAGGGGCAGAGUCACCCCCACUCCCCACUUCUCCAUCCUCCUCGCCACCCGGCGGCCACGGCUCCUGCGGUGCCAAUCAGCCGGCCGGGAGCCGCAGCAGCCCCGGACCCAGCCCCCCUGACCCACCAGCCCCCGCCCCAAAAAGGAGCCAGGCUCAAGACCAGCACCCAGCACGCCAGGGAGACUCCGCCAGCCCAUCCCCACUGCAAUGUCCAAGGGCUUGAAGAAGAAAAGCCACUGGACGAGCAGGGUCCACGAGAUUGUCCUAGGCAGGAACCAGGAGGGGCAGCUGGGCUUUGAGCUGAAAGGGGGCGCCGAGAACGGGCAGUUCCCGUACCUGGGGGAGGUGAAGCCCGGCAAGGUGGCCUAUGAGAGCGGCAGCAAGUUGGUGCCGGAGGAGCUGCUGCUGGAGGUGAACGAGACCCCCGUGGCCGGGCUCACCAUCAGGGAUGUGCUGGCCGUGAUCAAGCACUGCAAGGACCCCAUCCGGCUCAAGUGUGUCAAGCAAGGGGGCAUCGUUGAUAAGGACCUUCGUCACUACCUCAAUUUACGGUUCCAGAAAGGUUCGGUGGACCACGAGCUCCAACAGAUCAUACGAGACAAUCUCUACCUCCGCACAGUGCCAUGCACCACAAGGCCACAUAAGGAGGGGGAGGUCCCGGGUGUGGACUAUAUUUUCAUCACUGUUGAAGAUUUUAUGGAACUGGAGAAAAGUGGUGCUCUCUUAGAAAGUGGAACAUAUGAAGACAACUACUACGGCACUCCAAAACCUCCAGCAGAACCAGCUCCAUUAUUGUUAAAUGUGACAGAUCAGAUCCUUCCAGGUGCCACACCUAGUGCUGAAGGCAAACGUAAAAGGAAUAAAUCAGUGAGCAAUAUGGAGAAGACAGGUAUUGAACCACCAGAAGAGGAAGAGGAAGAAAGACCUGUGGUCAAUGGAAAUGGCAUGGUAGUAACACCAGAAUCGAGUGAACAUGAAGAGAAGAGUACAGGUGCCUCAGGUGAGAUUUCUUCCCAGCCUUAUCCUGCGCCAGUAUACAGUCAGCCUGAAGAAGCAAAGGAGAAUAUGGAUGUAACAAAGCAAACAAAACCUGAAGAGAAUGAUGAGUUGGGCCCAUUGCCUGAUAAUUGGGAAAUGGCUUACACAGAAAAAGGGGAAGUCUACUUUAUUGACCAUAACACAAAGACAACAUCAUGGCUGGAUCCACGACUUGCGAAAAAGGCUAAACCUCCUGAAGAGUGCAAAGAAAAUGAGCUUCCAUAUGGCUGGGAGAAAAUUGAUGAUCCCAUUUAUGGCACUUAUUAUGUUGACCACAUAAAUAGAAGAACACAGUUUGAAAAUCCUGUCCUAGAAGCAAAAAGGAAGCUACAGCAGCAUAACAUGCCCAACGCAGAACUUGGAACAAAGCCUUUGCAGGCCCCAGGUUUCCGAGUAGAAAGCGCCUCAUCAACAUUACCUAGGCCUAAACUCGUUCACCCGCAUCCUGCUCCUCAGAGGUCUCGCAGUGUGAAUGACCUGUCUCAGUGUCGGCGGGACAAUGAUGGAAUGUACAGUCUGUAUGAAAAACCACUCUUCACCCGUGAUGCAUCACAACUGAAGGGAAUUUUCCUCAGCACAACUCUCAAGAAGAGCAACAUGGGCUUUGGAUUUACCAUCAUUGGUGGUGAUGAGCCAGAUGAGUUUCUACAGGUGAAGAGUGUAAUUCCUGAUGGGCCUGCAGCACAGGAUGGCAAAAUGGAAACAGGUGAUGUCAUUGUCUAUAUUAAUGAAGUUUGUGUCCUUGGGCAUACUCACGCAGAUGUAGUCAAACUCUUCCAGUCAGUUCCUAUUGGUCAGAGUGUCAACCUGGUGCUAUGUCGUGGAUACCCUUUGCCCUUUGAUCCUGAAGAUCCUGCCAACAGCAUGGUGCCACCACUUGCAGUAAUGGAGAGGCCUCCGGUAGUGGUAAAUGGAAGACAUAACUAUGAAACUUAUUUGGAAUACAUUUCUAGGACCUCUCAAUCUGUUCCAGAUGUAACAGAUCGACCACCACAUCCCUUGCACUCCAUUCCAGCAGAUAGUCAGCUUGAUAGCACAUUCCCACCACCUGUUCAUGAUGAUAAUGUAUCAAUGGCUUCUUCUGGGGCCACCCAAGCUGAACUCAUGACCUUAACCAUUGUGAAAGGGGCCCAGGGCUUUGGCUUCACUAUAGCAGACAGUCCUACAGGACAGAGGGUGAAGCAAAUUCUAGACAUUCAGGGAUGUCCUGGUUUGUGUGAAGGUGACCUCAUUGUUGAGAUCAACCAGCAGAAUGUACAGAACCUGAGCCAUGCAGAAGUAGUGGAUAUACUUAAAGAAUAUCCUGAUGGAAGUGUAACUUCUUUGAUUAUCCAUAGAGGAGGUUUCUUUUCUCCAUGGAAAACUCCAAAGCCUAUGAUGGAGCGAUGGGAGAAUCAAGGCAGCCCUCAGACCAGUUUAUCUGCUCCAGCUAUACCACAGAGUAUUCCCUUUCCACCCACCCUUCACAGGAGUUCGUUUCCUGAUUCAACAGAGGCCUUUGAUCCAAGAAAACCCGACCCAUAUGAGCUAUAUGAGAAGUCAAGAGCUAUUUAUGAAAGUAGGCAGCAAGUGCCGCCCAGGACUGGUUUUCGAGUGGAUUCCUCUGGUCCAGAUUACAAGGAGCUAGAUGUUCAUCUUCGGAGGAUGGAGUCUGGAUUUGGCUUCAGAAUCCUUGGAGGAGAUGAACCUGGACAACCUAUUCUGAUUGGAGCAGUAAUUGCAAUGGGCUCUGCAGACAGAGAUGGUCGUCUACAUCCUGGUGAUGAGUUGGUGUAUGUAGAUGGGAUCCCAGUGGCUGGCAAAACCCACCGAUAUGUGAUUGAUCUCAUGCAUAAUGCAGCCCGAAAUGGGCAAGUGAAUCUUACUGUGAGAAGAAAGGUGCUAUCUAUAGAAUCCUGCAGCCAGAAAUCUUCCCUCCAACCUGGCUCAACGCCCCCUAGGAGCUCCCCAAACCCUAGGAAAAUGGCCAGUUACCAAGGAGACCCUUGCCCAGAAAAUGGCAGAAGUCCAGGUUCAGUGUCUACACACCACAGUUCUCCUAGAAGUGACUAUGCUGCUUAUGCUAACAGUAAUCAUGCUGCAUCUAGUAGUAAUGCUACACCACCAGAGGGCUUUACUUCACACAGCUUACAAACCAGUGACGUUGUCAUCCACCGGAAAGAGAAUGAAGGGUUUGGCUUUGUUAUCAUCAGCUCUUUGAACAGGCCUGAAUCUGGAUCUACAAUAACUGUACCCCAUAAAAUAGGGAGGAUAAUUGAUGGAAGUCCUGCUGAUCGCUGUACGAAACUAAAAGUCGGAGACCGGAUCUUAGCUGUGAAUGGCCAGUCUAUUAUUAACAUGCCUCAUGCAGAUAUUGUGAAGCUAAUUAAAGAUGCAGGUCUUAGUGUAACACUUCGCAUCAUUCCUCAGGAGGUUUCCCAUUAUGCAGAGCUGAACAGUCCAGCUUCAGCACCAAGCUCAGAGAAACAGAGCCCCAUGGCACAGCAACACAGCCCCAUGGCUCAGCAGAGCCCUGUAGCACACCACAGUCCCGUAGUACAGCCACCACCGCCACAACCGCUCCAGUUACAAGGACAUGAAAACAGUUAUAGGUCAGAAGUAAAAGCAAGACAGGAUGUGAAACCCGACAUCCGACAACCUCCAUUUACUGACUACAGGCAGCCUUCAGCGGACUAUAGACAGCCUCCAUUAGACUACAGGCAUCCUCCAGUAGUGGAUUACCAGCAGCCACCACCUCUGGACUACAGGCAGCCACCUUUAAUAGAUUACAGACAACAUUCUCCUGACACCAGGCAAUAUCCUCUGUCAGAUUACAGGCAGCCCCAGGAUUUUGAUUAUUUCACUGUUGACAUGGAGAAGGGAGCCAAAGGGUUUGGAUUUAGUAUUCGAGGAGGAAGAGAAUACAAAAUGGAUUUGUAUGUGCUGAGGUUAGCAGAAGAUGGGCCAGCGAUAAGAAAUGGAAGGAUGAGGGUGGGGGAUCAAAUAAUUGAAAUCAAUGGGGAAAGUACAAGGGACAUGACACAUGCCAGAGCAAUAGAGCUAAUCAAGUCUGGUGGCAGGAGAGUUCGGCUUUUGUUAAAGCGCGGAACAGGCCAGGUUCCAGAAUAUGACGAACCAAACUCCUGGAGUUCUCUCUCUGCCACCUCCCCAGGUCUGCCGGAAAUAGCUAUUUCCCUCGAUGACAUAAUCUCACCAUUAUCUUCAUCACAUCUAGCCCCACUCUCUGACCCUUCUCACCAGAUAAACCCAGAACCAAGAUGGGAUAUCAAGAGGGAACAUGAUGUAAGAAAACCAAAGGAGCUUUCGUCAAAUGGCCACAAAAAGAAAAGGUUAGGAGAGCAAAGAGAAAGGUCAGCAAGUCCUAAAAAGAUAGACAGGACAAAGCAUGAAGAGGCUUCUAGGAAAGGAUACUCAGAAGGCAAAAAAAAGACCACUGGUGGUGGCAGGCCCACCUCCGAAAGUAAGGCAGUGGGACAGAGUGUUACGAUCGAGGCUGGAGCAAGAGAGCAUGUAUGUGCCGGAAUCAGUGACGAACAUCUUGGGAGAUCCAAGAAGCCGGAAAGCAAGAAAGAUGGAUCUCUCAGUAUGAAAGAAGAUUACAGAUCUGGAAAUACCACAGAGAAGAAAUCAGCUGCAGCUUCUGAACAUGUCAAGCUUGAUUUAGUUGGUGCUACAAAGACAUACAGUAGCAAUAGCUGCAGCUCACAUGGAAGUGAUAUGGACCAGAACAAGAGGGACCCUGAUGGGAAACCCAGUGAGUUCCCCAGGAAGGGACAUCUCCAUUCCAUUAACACGCGCAGCAUCAACAAUACAGUUCGGAAGGCAACUGUCUCACCAGGCCCAUGGAAAAUUCCUGGCUCGGAUAAGCUACCUAGUGUACUAAAGUCUAGCACGUCUGCCAUGAGCAGAUAAAUAAGUGAACUGUUGCCCUCUAACUGUUUCACACUGAUGCAAAACAUACUUCUUAGCUUCUGUCUCACAUUGAUUUAUUUUAAUUUAUUUUAACUCUCACACAUAUACACAAAACACUGAGGAAUGGAAACAUUAAUGUGUAAUUCCAUGACAAUGUGCACAAUGUCUAAUAAGUUCAAGCAGCAUAUAGUCAACAUGGAGAUUUAAAACUGACCCUAAAGUCCCCAGUUCCAUUUUAGGGACUUUGGCAGCUAUGGAAGAAACCAAAACAAUACGAAGGACAAUACGUCAGAGAAGGACAGUGCAGUGUAGCUUUAGUAUUUUUAUUCCACUGCAUGAAGGACUUGGAUUUAGUUCAAACUUUAUAUCAAGGAACUGGAACAAGUUAGAGCAAUCACAAACUGGAACAUCGCCUUAAAUAAAACUGCACGAAGCAAGCUGAAACUGAGAAAGGAUAUUUUAACUGAACGAAGAUGUUGUAAAUACAUUGUUCUCAACAUAUCUAGACAAGGGUUGAAGGGUUUCUUUGAAACUAUACGCCCAUGACAUGUCUCCAUUGUUAACAAUUUGGAAUAGUCCACAUGAUACCCAGCAGCAUAGUUCACUUCAUGUGUUGAGUUGGAUGAGUUGGGGAAUCUAGUGGAUUAGUUGGUGUGAUAGCAUUUCUACUGCCAUUUUGUGAACAAACCAUAUUUCUGUACAUUGGAAAGGAGUUAGGGUGCAGUUGUAGUUGCAAAUUAUCCUCAAAAGCGAUUUACCACAGGUUCCCCUAAUAUUACAAGUAGCACAGAAACCUCAAUUGGGCAAGCUCAAAACUGAGACUUACGGUUACAAGACCCAGGAUGAUUCUUAAAAGAAAAAAAGCUGCAGUUUCCUUAAAAAAAGGCCUCUCUCUCCCACAGAAAACAAUAACUUUGCUUAUUAACAGUGCUAUAUUUCAUACAUCUGUACAGACUUUAGUUAAGGCAUCUUUAAGUUUUGGCAGAUCAGACCCUUUUAAUGCACACACUAACACAGAUGAGACUUGUUUCCAAGAUAAAAGUUCUUAGUUUAUUAUAUUUUCAUCAGAGGAAUUUUCUGUCUUUUAUUUCCAUCUUACUUGUUUCUCUGUCUCGAAUUUCAAGUCUCAAGUCCACCUUCCUGGGGAAGGAUUCCAAAUUCCAUGAGUCAUCAUUUUAUCCCCAGUAGGUUUCUUGUUUUGCCAAAAAGCUCUGGAUAAUACUACACUGCUUUUUUUAAAAAAUGUUGAUGCUAUUUUUAGAAAUAGAUAGACAUCAGUACGCUAGCAAACGCUGAUCUACAUGUGCUCUGCUCAAGAGUCACAUUGAGAUCAUCAUUAUCCAAACAGGUCAGCACAUAACUAUAUGUCUCAUACACUGCACUAGACUCAUCCUCCCCUUAGAAUGUGCAGGCAUGUUUCUUCCUGUCAAACUAUUUAAAAAGUCUCAAACAAAGGAUUUUGCAGCUUUUAAAACCUUUUUUUAAGAAAAACUCCAUUUAUCAUAUUUAAAAAAGCACAAAUCCAUGUAGCUGUUGACAACUUUUAUUUAAUUAAAAAAAAAUCUUUAUCCCCUGAACUAGAAAUCCAAUAUAAUUUGCCAUUAAUUUAUUGAAUUGGAUUUUGGACAAUGCUUCAGUAGUGUAGAUGCACGUCCCGGUAUCUUAUUUUCGAUGUGUAAAGAAACAAAUCAUAAAACCUGAAAAACAAUUGAGAUUAUGCUUGCAUAAACUCUAAUUUGCACAGUUCACAGCUACUCCUUGUGCGGUAAUUGCUUUAUGCGGCUGUAAUCAAUAACCUGUGAAGACAGCACAUCAUCUAAACCCCAUUCCAAAUAAUAUUUCUGUGUAGUGUUAGCUGUGAAUUUACCCUGUACAGCUCUAUCUCUAUAAAUAUAAUUCCAUGUAUUAAUAGUCACAGAAAGGCUGUAAGUGAGCAACUAUUUUUAUGAAACGCACCACUAUGGAUAAAUUAACUUUUACAGAAAUCUUGUUUACUGUAUGAUAAUCUAAACCACUGUCAAAUAAAAUAUAUAUAUCCAAAAAUCUUUUUUUUCAACUGUA